CUCUCUUUCCCCCUCCCCCACCCCGCUUGUUAGUUACUGAUGUUUCUCUUCCAGCACUGUUGGAUAAAGCUGAGGUAGAACCUGGAAAUUCUCUUUGUAGAGUCUGCAAUACAAACUACUAUUUGAUUGACACCAGCUCUCUCCAGACCUAUAAAACAUCUUGGCUGGGCAUCUCAGGAUGGAGGGAUUACCUUGGCCUCAAGCAAAUGGUCAGCAGCCAGAACAAUCUCCCCAGGGGCCAUCUCCCAGGCAUCCACAAAAUCCCAACACUCUGAGAGUGAAUGCAGGUAUAGAGGUUCCACGCCCCAGUCUCCCUCCUGAAUCCAUGUUUCCUUUGGGUAUAAACUUUGAUAACUCAGUGAUGGGUGAAAUGGCAGCUGUUGCCAACCUAGGUCCUAUGCCAAGAGCACCACAAUCAUCUGGCACUGGCAGGAAUCGCUUUGUGGCGAGCUGACUGGCACUUCUGGCAGAUCCCAACCUCCAGGAAGAACUGUCUGGACUAUCAUCAUCCAAGCUGCCUCCUCUAGACAAGAUUAACAAGUGACUACAAUUUUUUGGUGUACACUUGGCAUGAUGGAUUCAGAUUUUUAAAUGAAAAGUAAGAGUCUAACAUACUCUACUUCCCUAGAAGUUUAUUUUAAUAACUCUUUAAUGCUCUUUGACUUGGUACAGCUUGGCAGGCUUCCCCCCCCCCCUUUUUUUUUUAAAGGUGACUAGAAAUGUGUCCAGGGAAACCUGGAUCUGAAUCUCUUCUGAAUUAAAUAGGUGCAACUCCCCUGCCAUCAGUGAGUUACAUCAAUAUUGUACUUCUGGUGUAAACCAGAAGAAAACUGCACCAACAUCUCUGGAUGUCUCCAGAUAACUGCUGUUCCCAGCACCUUUUAUUUAAAUAAUCCCCAAACAACUUCCUGUUACCAUUGCUGAGGUUCUAGGGUUCUGAUUGUGAAAUCUUUCCUCUGUCUUACCACAUACCACCACUCCAUUCAAGAUGCAACAACCUUGAGACUGUUUUGCUAAACCCAGGUUCAGAAACUAGCAAAACCCAAAGGUGACAAGAGCAGACACAUAUGGCCUGCCUCUUAAUUUUACUGCCUGAAGAACCAACCACUUGGAAAAGGGAAGAGAAGAGAAACCUUUCCUACCCCCACAGAACCGUCUAAUAUUUUUUUCAGUUGGGCUCAAAGUUUAGAUCUAAACUUCUGCUCUGGCAUUGGCUUGGGGUCCAGUCCCACAACCUCUAGCCCACCUAUAUAGGCUCUUAGGGUGAUGUGUGGUAUAACAGCUUAAUGUACUGCUGGAAAGUACUCGGAAAUGUGACUAACAGCUGACAUGUACUCUCAUAUCCUAGAGUAGCAUAGUUCGCUGCUUAGGCCAAGCAAAGUGGGAAGGCAUGUGGGGUCAAGUGCUGCCCCCUGCAGUUUUCUGCUUGGCUGCUGGGGAGAGGCACAGCAGAAGGGCAGGUAACUUUGGUAGAGGCAGGGAGAGCAUGGUGGUCCUGAGGCUGUGUGGGGGGUGCUUGGGAAGGAGCUGGGAGCAGGUUCCUUGGCCUCCGCUUGGGGGAGCAUGGGCUGCUGGGCCCAGAGGCAUGAGCUUCCUGCUUCUGUGGCCACAGCCCACCAGGAGCCAAUGAGGAAUUUGGGUGCCCUGGCCUAGGGAGGUGGGGCUGGAAGCUUCUCCCAGAGGAUACACAUGGGCUGAUUGCCUAUCCUCCCCUUUACAUUGUGCCCUUCUAGGAUCAGGAGAUGUAGGCAAACCAUAGAUACUCAAGUCAACUCCAACAGUGUGUGAAACUAAUUAAUUCAGAGCAAAUCAGCUUUGCUAUAAGGAGUAACUCGCCCCCCUCCUUUUUGUCCAGCUACAACUGUCCCUGGUAGGCUGUGGAACUGGAGUCUUAGCAACAGGAUGCAAGGUAGGGGGGGACCUACUUAAUUUCUGGCAGAUGUUGCCAGUCUCUACUAAUUGUCAAAUAGUAAAAGCAAAACACUGCAACUUAAAGAGGGUGGAAACCACCUAAGCUUGGUGUGUUUGUAGAAAUAAAUGGGCUACCAACAUCUCUUCUUCCCCCCCACAUUCCAUUAAUGAAAUGGUAGCAGUGUGCUAUGUCACUUCUACAGUGGGGAUUUUCUUUAUUAGGAAACAAAGACAAUUUGAGACUGGCCUUAGGUAAUCCCCAGAUCACUUAAGGUUUCCCUGAUUUGAAGCUGAGUUCAGCAAGACUAGAAUAAGAAUUAAUGCUGCACUUUGCAUGCAUGCCCACCAAAGGGUUAGAAGGAGUAGCUGGGGUGAGAUGGACAGAUGUCUCAAAUGUUCUCCAGAGCCUUUUUUUUUAAAAUAUAUAUUUAGCUAUUACAGUGGUGGUGGGGGACCCCUCAAAAUACAAGGCAGCAUAACUCAGCCAGAAACACAUGCAGACUCAGAGUACCUGAAACAAUAGCUCUGAAGUGUAAACUGCUCAUUCAUUUCAGUGAUUCCAAUGAUAUCCUUCAAUGUAAGACUAGGUAAUUAUUUUGCUGUUUUAGCAAACGAAGGGCAAAGAUGUGGAUUAUAAAAAUCUAUUUAAAUCUGUGUCCUCAACUGUGAAGGCAACUCCUUUCCUGCAAAGGAGAUUCAAAUGACAAACUGUUAUAGAUAACUGUAAAAACUUCAGAUGUGUAA